GGAAAAUAAAACAAGGCUAAUGCAGUAGUUAAUGAUUUAAACAUAAAAUAUGAAAUUCUUCAAUAUUAUAUGUUGGAAUCUUUGCAUGAUCCAUAUAGUCUUUUCUAUAAAAUGUACAGCAUAUAAGUAAGCAAUAUUUUGCAUGAACAAUCAAGAAAAUACAAUUCCCAUGGGGUCAUGGAGUGAUGGAGAGAAACUAUAUAUGUACAAGUAGAACUAAUUAGAGAGUGACUGGAAAAACCAGAAGGAGAUGAAAAAAAGUGAAAGCAGAAGAAAAGAUCCAAGGCCAAAGCUGUCUGAGUCAGUGGAAGUCGUGGAGGGAGGAGAUGGUAAAAGGAGAAUAGAAGGGAGCCAUGAAGAGAUCCAAGAAGAAGAUAAGACAUGUAGAAGCAACAGGAGAAGCAAGAGAAAGAUUCCUACGAUGAAUGUUCCGGUUUGUAAGAAUGGUAAUAUAUAAUCCUCUAAUAGAGAGAUAAGGUAUGAGCCGCAUAAGAUCCAUCCGAAGAGUACCACAAGCACAAGUGGAACUAUUGGCGAUGGCCCUUUGCUCUCCAUUUUUUUGCUCUUCUCCCUCCCUGUCUCUAAAGUCUAAGUUAGUGUUG